AUGACUCCUUUUCGCCCCAUGCGCUCAAUGCCAGCCAGAGAACCAAAUGCUCCUCGCGGCCGCGUAUACACCUUUACUGGCCUAGAAGAUAUGCCGACACGCAACCAGACGCAAACCGCGCCAUUUCUUCUGAGCUCAAUCCCUACUGCGCCGGCCCCCGUUAGGAGAGGCGAGGAUCAAUGCUUCAAAUGCGCUGGAUUUGGGCAUUGGCGAGAGGGAUGCACCCGGCGACCACCCAAGGGUGCCAACAAUUUUAGAAAUUGGCGUCAUGUUGAGGUUCGCCCAGGAAUCAGCAAGGCCUACUUCUUAGGAACACUCUGGCCGAGCUUGAUGCCACCUGAGAAUGCAGCGCCUGCCGCUGUCACAAAGUUGGCUACAUCGUCAUGUGAUUAUUUGUCACAAGUGUUAGAAGGACAAGCGCUCACUCAUACUCCAACUAUUAAUAGGUCAAACAAACGAAAACUAGAGCUUGAAAGUGCUUCCGUUAUUCGUGAAGCCCUUUGGCGUCCCGAGUCCUGCUCAGACUUGAAGGAUGAGACACUUUUUUGA